AUGGGAUCCAUCGACAAGGAUAUAUCUCGUUAUGAGCUCACAGCGGUUUACCGCCAUCCGGCGGCCAAAGCCGACAUCGUUCUCGUGCAUGGCCUCAACGGAGACCCCGAGAAGACAUGGCUGUCCAAGAAUGGCGUUUUCUGGCCUUCCGACCUGUUGCCGGUCUCGCUGAAAAACGAGCAUGCCAAUGUUUUGGUGUACGGGUACAAUGCCGACGUUUACUCGACCCGGAGGGACAGAAGCCCCAGCGACAACUUUGUCCACCAGCACGCGCAGAGCCUGGUGACGUCGCUCACACAGUACCGGAAGAGCGAGGGGACGGAGCGGAACCCUAUAAUCUGGGUGGCGCAUAGUCUCGGCGGUAUCGUCACUAAGAGGGCGCUACUCUACUCAAACGACGUCCGCGCUCAUCACCAAGAAGACUUCCGGUCCAUCUUCGUGUCCACAUACGGCAUCAUCUUUCUCGGGACACCUCACAAUGGAUCAGACCUGGCCAUGUGGGGGCGUGUCCUCCAGUACAUGUCGGAUGCCAUCAUCCCCAGAAAGUUCUUUGAGACCGAGUCGGUGCUCAUCAGGACGCUCAAAAAGGACAACGAGACGCUCCAGCUGAUCAACAGCCACUUCUUGGACAUUUACCAACGGUUCAGGAUCCACAUGGUCCAUGAGAAUCACACGACAGACGUCAAAGGAACGAAGGUUCUGAUUGUAGAUGCCAGCUCAGCCGGCCCCCAGCUUCCCGGCGUCACGUACUACGGCAUCGAGGCAACCCAUUCGGGCAUGUGCAAGUUUGACAGCGACCAUGCCCCCGGUUACCGAAACAUAUCUACGGCCAUCCGCGAGUGGGUUGCAGACGGCCCAAACGUCAUUCCUGUUCGCUGGGAGGUGGAGGAGGACGAUCGACGGCUGAGAGCCGAUCUCGAGAAUUUCGAGCGUACGAGACCAUAUCCAUGUCCCCCAGCCCUCACCGUCAAGCAAUCGCCUGUCGAGACUGCGGCGCCUGUCUGGGUACCAUCUGUGCUGCCUGAAACCGCGGCGCUAGUCCGCAGCCAAGACCACCGUGUGCUCGAAACGUCUCGCCGGCGGCAAGACGAGCCCCUUUUCAUUCACCCAGAAUCCUUCCGCCCCAACUCGUUCUUUAUUGGCCGCGAGGACGAGCUGCGCGGGCUCCACGAUCUGCUCAUGGACCGCAAGCGUAGAUCCGAGGGCACCUCGGCCGUGCUGGUCCAGUGUCUCCCCGGCGGCGGCAAGACCCACCUCGCCCGCCAGUACGUGUUCCAGCACAAGGAUGACUACCCGGGUGGCGUCUACUGGGUGCGAGCUAAGUCCCGCGACGAGAUGGAGUACUGGUACUGGCGCAUCGCCAAGAACGAGGCGCUCAAGGGGCUGGUUGAGCAGGAGGACGUUGAGGAGCUGCGCGACCCCAAGCGCAUCGUCGAAAUCGUCCGCAGGUGGCUCAGCUCCCAGUCGGGCUGGCUGAUGGUCCUGGACGGCAUCCAGUUCGACAUCCCAGGUCUCCACGAGUUCAUCCCCGACGCCCGCGACACGAGCCUCAUCUACACGUCGACAGAGCGCGCCGUGACGGGCGAUCCGCGCUUCGACAAUCCCCAGGUGAUGGAGCUGGGCCUCUUGACGGCCCAGCAGGCCCAAGACCUGCUCUUCCUCGAGAUGGACAAGAAGCGGCCGUGGACGACAGAUGACCGCAUCAAGGCCCUCGAGCUGGUGCAGCUGAUGGGGCGGCUUCCCCUGAUGAUACACAUUGCCGCGCAGUAUCUCAAAGCAACGCGGGAACCUCUCUCUCGGUACCUCAAGUCUUACCAGAGCCGCCCCAAGGUAGGGGGGCUGCCGGCGUACAAGGCGGUACGGGAGCAGCUCGAGCACCGGGGAAGAACCGCGGCGCUGAAUCUGAUGUCGCUCCUGGCCUUCUUUGACCAGCACGUCCCGGUUGGGAUGGUGACCCUCGGUCUUUCGGCCCUCGACAAAAUCACCCCCGUCAAGACAGCCGAUGCCUCGCACAGGAAAACAACACUUAGCAACACAUUGAAGGUCCUUAUCGCAUUUGCCCUAGUCGAGCGGACCGAGAGCGAUGACAUAUCGCCGUCGAGCUCCCGCAGCUCAAGGCAAAGCUUCGACAAACAUGCCGAUUACCUAGACCUCCUUCGGAUUCACAGCGUGGUGCAGGCCUUUUUUGUGGACACGCUCAACGAGCACCGUGAGGUGCCCUUCUGGCUAGAGCGGGCGACAGCCAUCUGGUCGAGGUCGUUUGACGAGGCGGACAAGCGCAUCAGAGAAGACCCUCGGGUUGGUCUGCCAGACGACUACCGGCGCUUCUGUAUCCACGGACAGAAGCUGCUGCAGCACCUGAACAGGUUCGAGAAGAGGUCGCCCGAGCUGCUGUCCCGGGCGAGAGCCGAGGUCGAGAGCCGUCUUGAGAAGAUACAGGGCCAGAUCGAUUGCCUGUCGCAGGCCGUCCAGGCGUACAUUGUUGACGGAUCUGGCGAGGAGCCUCCAGCAUCUGUCUUUGACAGAUCCAGCAACAUAUCUUCAGAAACCGACUCGGCAGCGACACUGCCAAGUGGUGACAGCCGUGGCAGCCAGACUAGUUGGGAGGUUGACGCUGACGAGCCGGAGCAGCCUCUCCCUGCCGCGUACGAAGCGUCCCCCACGGAGCCUUCAGAUUGGCAAGUGCCGUACCCCAGCAAGCUGCUAAUGCCGCCAACGCCAGACAUUGACGACGAUGGCGACCAAAACACGGUCGCUUCAUCGCCUCCCUGGACGCCACCGGUUGGAGGCAACACCAUGACAACUAUACACGUGGUGGACAAUACCGCGCCGUACCUAGAUGACCGUGUCGGGAGCCAGGACUACGAGGACUGGCAAGAGGUGGUUCCGCACCACCGCGUCAUCAAGAGACACGAGUCGCGGCGCUACCACGAUCGGGCUGGCGCAUGGCGAGACAGCACUGUCAGCGAUCCCCGGGUCGGCAUCAGCCAGGAGAUUGCUGUCGGGUCCAUCUCGAGCCGGAUAGCCACCCCCGUGUCGCCGAGCAAGGGCCGGGUAACCGCCCGAAGCGAUGCCGAGAUGGAACUGAACAAGAUAAAGCAAGCAUCACCGCUACCACCCCCAGAGCCUAUGCAUGACACGAGUGGUGCAAACUUGUCACGCCCGCAAUAUCUUCUGGGGCGGGGCAGCUAUUCACAGGCCCUCGCCAAAAAGACUCCUGAAACUGAAUUCGAGAUGCUUCCGGCUGAGUUCUCCAAGGGACUGAUACAAGUCCUUUCCUCGCCCAAGACCUGGACGGUGGCGACUGUGAAGAAGUUGAAGGAAAGUGUGCUUCCAUCACUGCUGCCCACAGACCCAGCACCACUCGCAGCCGCAUCUGUUUCACAAACCCAAACUGCGUAUGAGGACGACAUCAUCGUCCCCCCGGGCCCCAUAUUCAGGGGUAACCGCACAGCCAACUCGAGCCCGGCGAGUCGCUUGUCGCCGUUCCAACCACCUACCUUCUCGGCACUCCCGGCCGAGGCGGUGGCCGACGAGCUUGCUCACCAUCCGGGCGGCGGCUUACCCCUGGUUAUCCGCCGUUGGGACACGACUGUGCACCAUCCGGGCAUGAGCCGGGUUGACUCGUCUGGCGUGGAAGAGUGGAUCGACCCUCUCUCGUUCUCAUACCCGUCGGUGCUGCCCCGGCACGACCAUCGCCGCCAGCAACACCACACAUACGGAGGGGCAGGAGAUCUCGCGCUUCAACACCGGGCGCAGCAACAGUCGGCCCAACACGCGUGGAUCCGUCCCGGACUCUCGGGUUAUUCGUCGCAGCCUAUGACACCGACGCCGUCUCACCGCUCCUCGUCCAUAGUUACUAGUGGCGGCCCACUCCACGACUUUGCCCAAGUUCCGUCGUCGCCCGGGUCCGCGUCGUUCCGUUAUAGGACACCGGCAACACACCACUCGUCCCCGCUGGCAGGGACGAGCCCCGACAACAUGAAUAGCAGCAAGGUGCAUCACCCCGCUGCCGGUAGCGGAGCCACGCGCCUGCCGUUCCCGUCGUCAGGGGCUGCCAGUAAUCGGCGCCGAAGACUGUCGUGCACAGAGACAGAGCCCUCGCCGCGCCUCGACGCUGCCUUCCCCGACGUCGACACGAGCUACCGGCGGUGGGAGCAGCUUCAACAGAACCGCCCAGCCGCUACGUCUACGUCUUCGUCUCCAUCCCCGGCGAUAGCCCCAGGCAACUUUGCACGUCAGCAACAGAUCAAUCUCGGGAACCAGUCACGCGCAGCCGCCCGAUCGCAGUCGCACUCGCCGUCACCGUCACGGUCUCGCAUACCUCUGCCCAGUGUCCAGGCGCAGCAGCAUCACGCGCCACAUCACCUCCUCGCAUUCGCCAUACCCCAGUCUCCCAAACAGAACCACCAGCAUUUCGAGCACCAGGCCGAAACCAGCAACAGUGCCUGCGCCAGCCCAAGUCCACGCCCACUGCCACCAGCAGCGGCAGCGGGAAUCCUAGUCAGUGACGGCCAUAGCAUCGUCGAGUUCAGCAGCAAUAACAGAAACAUAAUCAAUAAUAAUAAGAUUGGCAAAUACCCACAACCGCGCGCGCGGAGCGUCCCCGCUGGCCCCUCAUCCUCACCUCCAUCUCCACCGGCCGGAGGCUUAGCCACAGCCGCUGGUGCGGGCGGUGACGGCGCUGGCGGACGCGGCCGUAGCAGCAGGAGGGCGUGGGGCCGGAGCAGGGGCAGAGAUAGGGACGUGCCAGGCGAUAAUAACAUGGGGAAGUUGCCGCUAGCAGCAGAAGCUGGCGAGGGCAGCGACAAUGCCCCCGACGGGCACUACAGCCAUCUAGGCAUCUGGGAGUAG